AAUUCUCACUGCGCAGGGAAUGCAGAUGGCGCCAAAAAACACCAUGCGCUAACCGUCUCAUAAUUAUUAAAAAAAUAAACCAUCAAUUAGUAAAUAAAUACCUCAUUAAUUGUCAAUUAAACUAGUUACCAGUACAUAAAAAAAAUAAUAACAAUUAUUAUAACUGUAUAGAUCUUAUUAGGACACCAGAAUACAAAAAAUGUCAGGAACACGAUCAGUGUCAUGUGGCCUUAACUUUGCAGCAGCACCAGAUUUAAAUAGUUGCUUGGAGACAGCUCAGCAGUCCUGCUAUGAAUUUAUUUGCAUACCAUUAGUUCAUCCGCAAUUAAAACGCGAAUUUCUAUCAGGGACAGCUAAAGAUCGACAUGUAGCUUUCACUCGUGCUGAUAUGAUCCUCAGUACAUCAGACUGGAACUCACUGAUAGUUGGCCGACUGUCACCGCACAUCAACGUGGACUCUGCAAUAAAACACGUCCGUGAAAACAGCGAGGCCGCGUUGGCACAAGAACUGUCACUGGCAUCCCACCUGGGGAUACCCGCGAUAACUUUCAAAUUACACGGAACCAUUGACAAGAACAUAAACCUAGCGCGUAUUAUCAACAACAAACUAGUCUCGGUGUCAAACACCCAAGUCUGGGUCCAAAUACCCAUGGAGAAUCCGCUCAAGCAGAUGAUGUCCUAUCGCACUGAUGAGGAAAUACACUGCGAGAGUCCAUGGGAGUGGUGGAACGGGUUCAGGUUCAUUUGCGACUUUGAUAAAAAAAUCGGAGUCGCUCUUAUUGUCAGCCAUGACUUACCUGAAGAAGAUGAGAUCAAUCGCUGGCUCGGAGAACCGGUGAAAUGUUUAAUUUUACCCACGACUCUAUUCAUAAGCAACAAAAAAGGGUACCCGGUACUUGGACGCGCGCACCAGGUGCUAAUUCAGAGGUUCAGUCCGCUGAAUGUCCAGUUUAUUUUGACGGGGUCGAAUCGUUAUCCAGACUUGACCCUUUACUUCAAUUACCUUGACCAUUUGUGGAAAAAAGGCUUCCAGGUCCACGGCCCGCUGCAACGUUACGGCCGCGGGUAUGAAGACUAUCUCCAGUUUCCCCUGCAGCCGCUGAUGGAUAAUCUCGAGUCCGGUACUUACGAAGUAUUUGAAAAGGAUCCUGUUAAAUAUUCCGAGUACCAGCGUGCUAUCCAUCAAGCGAUUUUAUUUAAAAUGCAGACUGAAAGUCCUGCUACUACUUUGGUAAUAAUGGUCGUAGGAGCUGGACGAGGUCCAUUAAUCCGAGCGACUUUGAAUGCCGCCGACAUGGCCAAGGUACAGGUCAAAGUUUACGCAGUAGAAAAAAAUCCAAAUGCUAUCCUGACGUUACACGCUCUGAAGAAUGACAUCUUUGGCGACAGAGUAACGAUAGUAUCCUCAGACAUGAGACAAUGGGAGGCUCCAGAGAAAGCGGACAUACUCGUUUCUGAGUUGCUGGGGUCGUUUGGAGACAACGAGUUGUCGCCCGAGUGCUUAGACGGCGCUCAGAAAUUUUUGAAAGAUGACGGCAUCAGCAUUCCCCAGUCGUACACUUCCCAUAUCGGGCCAGUUCAGUCAUCGAAAAUUUACAACGAACUGAAGCAGUGUCUCGACAAAGACAAACAUCAGUUGUCGCAUUUUGAAACUCCGUAUGUUGUAUAUUUGCACAACAAAUAUCAGAUCGCUAAAGAGCAGCCGCUGUUUACUUUUUGCCAUCCCAACAAAGACGCGGCAAUAAAUAACUCGCGGUAUGAAAAGAAGACAUUUACAGUUGAGCAGAACUCAGUAUUGCACGGGUUCGUCGGAUACUUUGAUGUUGUUUUGUAUGAAAAUAUAACUUUGAGUAUCGUACCGGAGACUCACAGCCCAGGGAUGUUGAGUUGGUUCCCUAUUUUCUUUCCUAUACGGGAACCGAUACCAGUAAAAACGGGAGAUGAAAUAGAAUUAAAUUUCUGGAGAAAAUGCAGUCCUAAGAAUGUUUGGUACGAGUGGUGCAUAAGCAAGCCGAGAUUCUUGGGAAUUCAUAAUCCCAAUGGUCGGUCCUACACCAUUGGACUUUAAAAUUUUUUUUUACAGUAAUAAUUAUAAUAUUUAUAGGAAAUGAAAACAGCAGAAUAUUUUUGUGGUUAUGAAUUAAAUUUGAAAUACGAGCGCGAAUAAUUUGAAAUCAUUGAUUAUUUAUGAUCCUGAAGUUAGCAGACAUUUAAAAAAUUUUUGAAUUUUCGUUUUUCAAUAAAUCAACUGCAAAAAAAUAAUAUAAAAAUAUGCACAUGUAGAAAAUUUUAAAAACUACAGGUACAUUUUUUUCAAAUAUUUUUUUUUUUUAAUUUUUUAUCGUCUAAAAAAUAAUCCGAAAAUUAUUAGGCGUCUGCUAACUUCAGUAUCAUUAUUAUUUGUAUCAAAUUCGAAUUAUUUUCAAAAACCCGAAUAAGGGUAAAAAUUAAAUCCGAAUUAAAUAAUUCGCGAUUUUGAUGAAAGAAAAAUUAAAAAAUGCACACGAGUAUUCUAAAAAUUACCAGUGCGCAUUUUUAAAAAUUAUGAUUCUGAAGUUGACAGACAACUAAAAAUUUUCGAAUUAUUUUUUUCAACAAAAAAAAAAAAGAACUAAAAAAAUGCAUAUGUAAAAAAUUUAAAAAACUACAGGUGCAUUUUUUUCAAAUAUUUUUUUUUUUUUAUAAUUUAUCGUGUAAAAAAAAAUUCAAAGAUUAUUAGGCGUCUGCUAACUUGAGUAUCAUGAUUAUUUGUAUAGAAUUCGAAUUAUUUUCAAAAACCCGAAUUAGGGUAAAAAAUUAAAUCCGAAUUAAAUAAUUCACGAUUUUUAUGAAAGAAAAAUUUUAAAAUGCACACGAGUAUUCUAAAAAUUACCAGUGCGCAUUUUAUAAAAAAUUAUGAUUCUGAAGUUGACAGACAACUAAAAAUUUUCGAAUUAUUUUUUUCAACAAAAAAAAAAAAACUAAAAAAAUGUACAUGUAAAAAAUUUAAAAAACUACAGGUGCAUUUUUUUCAAAUAUUUUUUUUUAAAUUUUUUAUCGUCUAAAAAAAAUCAAAAAAUUAUUAGGCGUCUGCUAACUUCAGUAUCAUGAUUAUUUUUAUAAAAUUCGAAUUAUUUUUAAAAACCCGAAUUAGGGUAAAAAAUUAAAUCCGAAUUUAAUAAUUCGCGAUUUUGAUGAAAGAAAAAUUAAAAAAUGCACACGAGUAUUCUAAAAAUUACCAGUGCGCAUUUUAUUAAAAAUUAUGAUCCUGAAGUUGACAGACAACUGAAAAUUUUCGAAUUAUUUUUUUCAACAAAAAUAAAAAAAAACUAAGAAAAUGCAUGUGUAGAAAAUUUCAAAACCUACAUGUGCAAUUUUUCGAAAUAGUUUUUUUUUUAAUUCAAAAAUUAAUAGACGACGGCUAACUUCAGUGUCAUAAAAAAUUAUGUACUUUUUUAAUUUGAAAAUUAAAUGCAUUAAGUAUAUCUAUAUAUUUAAUAUAUAUCAUAUACUGAUAAAUUAAUCUCGGAUAAAAAAACUUGAAAAUUUUCCUGCUACUCAGUAUCAUUUGCUUUCAUUCCUCAUUUAAAUUAUAAAUCAU